AACUAAUUGAUGAAGAAACGAACUCAUGGCGGGAGAUUUGGUCCUUGAGACUUUCAAUGCACAUGAAGCUCAACUGAUUUUAGCCAUGCCUUUGAGUUGGAUGAGGAGGGAGGAUAGCUGGAUGUGGAAUUUUACCAAGCAUGGAAAUUACACAGUAAAAUCUGGUUACUAUAGAGCUCCUGUUAUGGCAAGGACCCAUGAUGGGCCGUCAACAUCCUCAACACUCUUUGGAGGCAACCAGUUAUGGUCCUUGAAUAUCCCAGAAAAGGUGCACUUACUUAUUUGGAAUGCUUACCAAAAUGUUAUCCCUACAAAGGACAAUCUCCACAAAAAGCAUGUUGACGUGGAUUUGGAAUGCCCGUUGUGUGGGGUGGAGAGGGAAUCUAUUUUUCAUUGCUUUAUCUCUUGUUCCCUGGCCCGUGCAGUAUGGCUGGGCUGUCCUUUAAACCUGAGGGUCUCUGAACUUCCUGUGGAUGACUUUGCAAAUUUUUUUGAUACCACAGCCAGUGUCUUAAGGAAAGAGCAGCUAGAACUUGAAUAUAGGAUAGCUGUAUUAUCAAGGGGCAGAGGGGCAGCAGUAGUGCAGAAACUUAGUGAAACCAGAUGGCAUCCUCUAGAUUCGGGUUUUAUAAAGUUAAAUGUAGAUGAAGCAAUAUCUGUCCAAAACAGUGUUUUUGGUAUGGGUGCACUGGCGCGAAACCAUGCAGGGGAGUGGGCUCAUUCCCUCACUUUUAGAAGAAUUGUAGUGGAAUCUGAUUGCGCAACCAUUGUAUCAGCAAUCACCAGUGAAACUCUCAAAAUGAACUCCAGUUUGGGCCUCAUUCUUCUCAACUGCAAAGCACUGUUAGCGUCCUUUGAAUCUUGCCGAGUACAACAUGUCUGCCGAGUUGGUAAUGCUGCUGCUCAUGAACUCGCACAAAGAGCACUUAGCGCAGAGGCUGAUGAGUUUUGGGUGGAUGCUAUACCAGCUACCAUUAUGUCUAUUGUUAAUGGGAAGGAAAGUUUAUGUAAUGAUGGUGAGCAAUAUGAAGGUGUCUCUGAAUCUGUAUCAUCAACCGAUGAUAGUCCUGCUGAUGGUGAUCUGCAAGAGUCUCAUGAGGUAGUUCCCGUUAUUAAAACUGAAAUUCUGAAGUCUAGCAACGAUAUCAGCCAUUGGAAUAAAGGUUCCAAAAUGCUUUUGAUGCUCUUUCCAUUCUACUUGUAGUUCUCAUAGCACUGAUAUGUAGUGAUACUUGGGAUGAAGGAGAUCAUCUUGUUCUAGCGUGAAACUCAUUUUGUUUGUUUGUUCAUGGAGUUAAUAUAAGUUUUUCCUUUUU